ACUGUGGCCCGGGGGCGCGGCUCCCGGGCCUGCGGUCGCGCGGGCGGAGCACGGAAGCCAGACGGCUGUCAGGCGGCGAAAUUCCGGAACCUCGCGCUUGCGGAGCGCGGCGGCGGAGGCCGGGCCCAGGGGGCAUCCGAGCCCGGGGAGCCUCUGAGGGACGCUGCAGUUAUCCUUGGGGGAAGAGCUCAGAUAGAGGACAUGGCUCCUGAGCAAAGGGAAGCACAGUCUCAGGUUGUUGGAGUGGUCUGUCUGGGGUCAGUGACAUUUGAGGAUGUGGCUGUGCGCUUUACUCGGGAUGAGUGGAGAAAGCUGGAUCCUUCUCAGAGGAGGUUGUACCGGGAGGUGAUGCUGGAGAACUACAGUCACCUGGCUGCACUGGGACUUCAAUUUACCAAACCAAAGAUGAUCUCCGUGUUGCAGCAAGGAGAAGAUCCCUGGAAGGUAGAGAAAGAAGGUCCUGGAGGCUCCUGUCUUGGCUGUAAAAGCAGUCUUCAGACCACAAAGUCAACUCAAACUAAAGACUCAUUGUUUCAGGGGCUGAUGAGGAAAAGACUCAAAAGAGAUAAACACUGGGACACUAUAUCAGAUAAAUCCUGCAUAUCGGAGGACGGAUUAAAAAAACAGCAGGACAAAAAUGAAAAUUUACAAAUAAUUUCAAUCACCCAUAUGAAAAUCCUUACUACUGACAGAAAUCAUAAAAAUUUUGAAUUUGGCCCAAAUUUCAGCCUGAAAUCAGUUGUUGUUAAGAAGCAAAGGAUUGCUAGAGAAAAAACACAAAGACAUAGCUUCAAGGAGAAUUCACAUUUACUUAACCAACCAAAAAUUAAGACAGCAGAGAAACGCUAUAAAUGUAAUUCAUGUGAAAAAGCUUUCAUUCACAAUUCAUCCCUUCGUAAACAUCUGAAAAAUCACACGGGAGAGAAAUUAUUUAAAUGUAAAGAAUGUUUGAAGGCUUUCAGCCAAAGUUCUGCUCUUAUUCAACAUCAAAGAACUCAUACUGGAGAGAAACCCUACAUAUGUAAAGAAUGUGGCAAAGCCUUCAGCCAUAGUGCAUCCCUUUCUAAGCAUCUAAGAACCCAUACUUUAGAGAAAUCCUACACAUGUAAAGAAUGUGGUAAAUCCUUUAGCAGAAGGUCUGCCCUUUUUUUACAUCAAAAAAUCCAUGCUCGAGAAAAUCCACAUAGAUAUAACCCAGGUAGGAAGGCAUCUACCCUUUCAGGAUGUCAGAGAAUUCAUCUCAGAAAGAAAUCAUACUUGUGUAAUGAAUGUGGCAACACCUAUAAGUCUAGCUCAUCCCUUCGCUAUCAUCAGAGAAUUCACAGUGGAGAGAAACCUUUUAAAUGCAGUGAAUGUGGGAGAGCCUUCAGUCAGAGUGCAUCACUCAUUCAACAUGAAAGAAUCCACACUGGAGAAAAGCCCUACAGGUGUAAUCAGUGUGGUAAAGGCUUCACUUCUAUUUCUCGACUCAAUAGACAUCGAAUAAUUCAUACUGGAGAGAAGUUGUAUAAUUGUAAUGAGUGUGGCAAAGCCUUAAGUUCCCACUCAACACUUAUUAUUCAUGAGAGGAUUCAUACCGGAGAGAAACCAUGCAAAUGUAAAGUGUGUGGGAAAGCCUUCAGACAAAGUUCAGCUCUCAUUCAACAUCAGAGAAUGCAUACUGGAGAGAGACCCUAUAAAUGUAAUGAAUGUGGGAAAACAUUCAGGUGUAACUCAUCCCUUAGUAACCACCAGAGAAUUCAUACUGGAGAGAAACCAUAUCGAUGUGAGGAAUGUGGGAUGUCAUUUGGCCAAAGUGCAGCUCUUAUUCAACAUCAAAGGAUUCAUACGGGAGAGAAACCCUUUAAAUGUAGUACAUGUGGGAAAAGUUUUAGACAAAGCUCCUCACUUACUGCACAUCAGAGAAUUCAUACUGGAGAGAAACCCUAUGAAUGUAUCACAUGUGGGAAACUCUUCAGCCAGAGGUCAUCCCUUACUAAUCAUUAUAAAACUCAUAUUGAAGAGAAAAUUUAUGAAUGUAAUGAGUGCAGGAAAAUCUUCAGCCAGAGCUCAUCCCUUCUUAAGCACCAGAGGAUUCAUACUGGGGAAAAACCCUAUAAGUGCAAUGUAUGUGGCAAGCACUUCAUUGAACGCUCCUCCCUCACUGUACAUCAAAGAAUUCAUACUGGAGAGAAACCCUACAAAUGUAAUGAGUGUGGAAAAGCCUUCAGUCAGAGCAUGAACCUUACUGUUCAUCAAAGAACUCAUACUGGAGAGAAACCCUAUGAGUGCAAAGAAUGUGGAAAAGCCUUCCGUAAGAAUUCAUCUCUUAUUCAACAUGAAAGGAUUCAUACUGGAGAAAAACCCUACAAAUGUAAUGACUGUGGGAAAGCUUUUACACAAAGCAUGAAUCUUACUGUCCAUCAGAGAACUCAUACAGGAGAAAAACCCUAUGAAUGUAAUGAAUGUGGAAAAGCUUUCAGUCAAAGCAUGCAUCUUAUUGUUCAUCAGAGAAGUCACACUGGAGAAAAACCCUAUGAGUGCAGUGAAUGUGGAAAAGCCUUUAGUAAGAGCUCAACUCUUACUCUACAUCAGCGAAAUCACACUGGAGAAAAACCCUACAAAUGUAACAGAUGUGGGAAAUCAUUUAGCCAAAGUACAUACCUUAUAGAACAUCAGAGACUUCACUCUGGAGUAAAACCGUUUGAAUGUAAUCAGUGUGGAAAAGCUUUCAGUAAGAAUUCCUCUCUUACUCAACAUCGGAGAAUUCAUACUGGAGAGAAACCUUAUGAAUGCAUGUUAUGUGGGAAACAUUUCACUGGACGAUCAUCUCUUACUGUGCAUCAGGUUAUUCACACUGGAGAGAAACCUUACGAAUGCACUGAAUGUGGAAAGACCUUCAGCCAGAGUGCAUAUCUCAUUGAGCAUCAAAGAAUUCAUACUGGUGAAAAGCCCUAUGAAUGUGAGCAGUGUGGAAAAGCCUUCAUUAAGAAUUCUUCCCUUACUGUGCACCAGAGGACUCACACAGGAGAGAAACCUUAUCAGUGUAAUGAAUGCGGAAAAGCCUUCAUCCGCAGCACACACCUCAUCCAUCACCAAAGAAUUCAUACUGGUGAGAAACCCUACGAGUGUAAGGAAUGUGGCAAGGCCUUCUCCGUGAGCUCCUCCCUUACUUACCACCAGAAAAUUCAUACUGGAGAGAAACCUUUUGAGUGCAACUUAUGUGGAAAAGCUUUUAUCCGGAACAUACAUCUUACCAAGCACCAGAAUAUUCACAGUGGUGAGAAACCCUACAAAUGUAAUGACUGUGGGAAAGCCUUUAAUCAGAGCACAAGUUUCCUUCAGCAUCAGAGAAUUCACACUGGAGAGAAACCCUUUGAAUGCAGUGAAUGUGGGAAGGCCUUCAGGGUGAACUCAUCCCUUACUGAACAUCAGCGAAUUCACACUGGGGAGAAACCUUAUAAAUGUAGUGAAUGUGGAAAGGCUUUCAGGGAUAAUUCAUCCUUUGCACGACAUCGGAAAAUUCAUACUGGAGAGAAACCUUACAGAUGUGGUCUGUGUGAGAAGGCCUUCAGGGACCAGUCAGCCCUUGCUCAGCAUCAGAGAAUUCAUACUGGGGAAAAGCCUUACACGUGUAAUAUAUGUGAGAAGGCCUUCAGUGACCACUCAGCCCUUACCCAGCAUAAGAGAAUUCAUACGAGAGAGAAACCUUACAAGUGCAAGAUCUGUGGGAAAGCCUUUAUCCGAAGCACACACCUCACUCAGCACCAGAGGAUUCACACGGGAGAGAAGCCGUAUAAGUGUAAUAACUGUGGGAAAGCAUUCAACCAGACUGCAAACCUCAUUCAGCAUCAGAGGAUCCACACUGGAGAGAAGCUCUACAAAUGUAAAGAGUGUAGGAAAGCUUUCAGCCAGAGCUCAUCCCUGACACAGCACCUGAGAGUUCACACUGGAGAGAAGCCUUACAUAUGUAGUGAGUGUGGGAAGGCUUUCAGUUUCACCACCUCUCUCAUUGGGCACCAGAGGAUGCACACUGGAGAGAGACCCUAUAAAUGUAAGGAGUGUGGCAAAACAUUCAAAGGUAGUUCAUCCCUUAGUAACCACCAGCGAAUCCAUACUGGAGAGAAGCCCUAUAAGUGUAGUGAGUGUGGGAGGGCCUUCAGUCAGUGCUCGUCCCUCAUUCAGCAUCACAGAAUUCACACCGGGGAGAGACCAUAUGAGUGCAGCCGCUGCGGGAAAGCCUUCACUUCAGUGUCGCGGCUAAGCAGACACCAUCGGACUCACACAGGAGAGAAACCCUUUCAUUGUGGCGAGUGUGGAAAAGUGUUCAGUUACCGUUCAGCCCUUACUAUACACCAGCGAGUUCACACUGGUGAGAAGCCUUACGUGUGUAAAGAAUGUGGGAAAGCCUUCAGCCAGAGCUCAGCACUUAUCCAGCAUCAAAGAGUGCACACCGGAGAGAAGCCCUACAAGUGUAAAGAAUGUGGGAAGGCCUUCUCCUGGAUCUCACGGCUUAAUAUACAUCACAGAAUCCACACUGGAGAGAAACCCUAUCAGUGUAAGGAAUGUGGGAAAGCUUUCAGUUCUCACUCAGCAGUUAAUACUCAUCGCAAAAUUCACACCGGCGAGAAACCUUAUAAAUGUAAUGACUGUGAAAAGGCCUUCAACCAAAGCUCAGCGCUUAUUCAGCACCAGAGAAUUCAUACUGGAGAGAAACCAUUUAACUGUAAAGUGUGUGGGAAGGCUUUUAGACAGAGUUCAUCCCUUAUGACACAUACGAGAAUUCAUACAGGAGAAAAACCGUAUAAGUGCAAAGAAUGUGGGAAGGCUUUUACAGAGUACUCCACCCUCAUCAAACACCUGCGAGUGCACACGGGUGAGAAGCCCUACCGCUGCCGGGAGUGUGGGAAAGCCUUUAGCCAGUGCUCAACCCUCACUGUGCACCAGAGAAUCCACACUGGAGAAAAGCUCUAUAAAUGCAGCGAGUGUGAGAAAGCCUUCAACUGCAGAGCAAAGCUCCACAGGCAUCAAAGAAUCCACACGGGCGAGAAGCCCUAUAAAUGUGGUGAGUGUGGAAAGGGCUACAGCCAGUUUCCAUCACUGGCUGAGCAUCAGAGGCUCCAUACAGGAGAACAGCUGUGUCAGUGCUUGGAAUGUGGGAGAACUUUCACUCGCAUCUCCACCCUGAUCGAGCACCAGCGAAUUCACACUGGACAGAAACCCCACCAAUGUGCUGAGUGUGGGAAGACCUUCAACCAGUAUUCAUCCUUUAAUGAACACCGGAAAAUUCACACCGGGGAGAAACUCUAUACCUGUGAAGAAUGUGGGAAGGCCUUUGGUUGCAAAUCUAACCUGUAUAGGCAUCAGAGAAUCCACACUGGAGAGAAGCCCUACCGGUGUAGUCAGUGUGGAAAGGCGUUCAGCCAGUACUCAUUCCUAACGGAACACGAGCGGAUCCACACUGGAGAGAAACUCUACAAGUGUAUGGAAUGUGGGAAAGCCUACAGCUACAGGUCAAACCUUUGUAGACACAAGAAAGUGCACACUAAAGAAAGACUCUAUAAGUGGAAGCAAUAUGGGGCACCUUUUCUCUACAGCCCUCCCCUUACUCCGUAUCAUAGAUUUCUGAGAGGAGAGAAGCCUGUGACUUUUGAUUCACCUCUCUAAUCGUUCAAGACUUCUCAUUGAACGAUAAUGAGAACAGUAGAGGGCGUACACUCCCAAUACAUUUAGUCUUUACUUCUCCUGCAGCAAAAAGCCACUGAGCAUGGGUGACUGAUCUGUGAAAAUAUAAACAACCCUGACUUGUCAACUUUAUAAGGACCAUUACAUUCUAAGAUUUCCAAAAGCCUUUCAUUUUUAAAUUCAUAGAAAAAGUGUAAAAGGUUUUACUUUUUUUAAAGAAAAGCAUGAAUAAUAGUUGAAUGUAAGUUUUCUUUCUCUCAUUAGACUAUCAGCUCUAAGAAUAAGCUUCAAUAUGUUAAUUUUCUUUUAAAGAUAAUCACUGAGUUAAAUGGGAAUACUAAAGUGACGGCUGACAUAGGAAGCUCUCCUUUCACAAAGAGAAGCUAAAGAUAGACAGGAAUUUAACCCUUGACAGGGACACAAUGAAGCUUUUCCUGAGUUGCCCUACAAGUUUUAGUUAUAUAACUUUUAUGUAUAUACAGUCACGUGUAACUUAACCGUGAGGAUACGUUUUGAAAAAGGUGUCGUCAGGCAGUUUCAUCGUUUUAAGAACAUCACAGUGGCCUUGCACAGCCCUAGGUGACCACCUGAUGUGAUCAAGGGACACAGUAAACACAAAUUGGAU